UUUUUUAUUCACAAACUAUAGCUUGUACUAAAUAAAUUUAUAAUAUAAAUACCCAUUGUAUUAGAAUUACAAAUUAGUACAAAUUUUGUAGUUAAACCAGUGACAAGUGAAAUAUUGUAAUAAAAAUUGAAUAAACCAACAUGGCAAAAAUUAUGAUUGUGUUUGUGGCCUUAUUUGGCAUUGCUUUGGCAUAUCCCGGUGGUUAUGGUGGUGGAUAUGGUAAUGGCGGUCAUGCUCCUCAAGUUGGUGGCGGAUAUGGUGGUGGCCAUGCUGGUGGUCAUGGUAAUGGUCUUGGUGGUGGUGCUUAUGGCGGCCAACAAAGUGGCUUCGGAGGUGGUCAUGGUGGCAGUCAUGGUGGUUUCGGAGGUCCUCAAGUGGGCCAUCAAGGCGGUUUAGGUGGUCACCAAGGAGGUUUAGGUGGUCAUCAAGGAGGUUUAGGUGGUCACCAAGGUGGAUUAGGUGGUCACCAAGGUGGAUUAGGUGGUCAUCAAGGAGGUUUAGGAGGUCACCAAGGUGGAUUAGGUGGUCAACAAGGUGGCCAUCAUGGAGGUAACCAAGGUGGUUAUGGUGGCGGUCAUGGUGGACAUGGCAGUCACGGUGGUAACCAAGGUGGUUAUGGCAAACACGGAUAUUAAAGUUGCUUAUUUGUUAAAUGUAUAAAGUUAAGUAUUAUUAAGAAAAAAAAAAUAAAACCAGAAAAAAAAAUUUAUAUAAAA